GCCGGCUAGCGCGCUCGCCUGCCGGUCGCCCGGGAACCAUUGACGGACGCCGAAUUCCAUUUUCAUCAAUAAAAAUAAUGUCCUGAAGUGUUUAAAUCGUGUGUGUUGUCUUAAUCUGUCAAUUUAGCUGUUACUGUGUGUGUUGCGGUAAUGUUAGCUGCCCGUAGUGUCUUCCUUUAGUAUAGACGUGAUUGACUGUUGAAAAUGUCGUUGUUUUGAUAAGAUUCGUAACCAUGCCGGGAACGUCCUAGAACAUCGCAGUGUAAAUAAAUACAUAGGUCUAUUACUAAAGCAAUAAUCAGUUUAAAAAACGUAGAAACCCCGUAGUGACGCUAUAUAAAGUGCUAAUAAGCCAUAGUUCUAGUGUUGCUAGUAAAAUUAAAUCUUCCAUAAAUAUUUUAAUUUAACUUUAGGCUAAAAUGUGGCGUGAUUGUAACUGUUAAUUCAACAAUCAAAAUGAUCUUUAAUACUAGUAACAUAAAGUUUAAAUUACAACAAGAGUUGAGCUUUAUCGCUUCGCAGCGUACAGUCGACGACAGAAGUGCAUAGCUAGUGAUAUAAAUAAAAUAAUGUUAAAAAGAAGAUGCCGCAGCGCGCGCCGACGUCAUCAAACUUGAUGCGACCGUUCGUGGUUUUGGCCCUGCCCGGAAUGUAUUUGCUGUACAAGUACAACCAGUACCGUCAGCAGCAAAUGGAGACCGCGCGGCGCCGAGUCACCGAGCGCGAGCUUAUGCACCUCAACACUAAAAUCGACAAAUUGCUCAAUAAACUGGAAGAAAAUGAACCGGAACUCGCCUCUUCGCCUGAUGAAGAAUGUGUAAUAUGUGUGAACGCGAAGGCGACGAUGCAAACGUCGCCAUGCGGACACCGGGUAGUGUGUCGGCGGUGCUUCGUGAAGACCAUCCAAAUGGCGGUCAGCCAGCGACUGCUGCCGCUGCGGUGCGUCAUCUGCCGCGCCAAGAUCCUGCGGCUGAGGCAGGCUCCGAGGCUUGUUACCAGCAAGAGCUGGCAGGUGUCAAGCGGUAGCGCGAAGUCAUGGGGCGUACCGGGCUCGGUGUCCAGCUACUCUGUAGGCGCGCGCUCCGUGCCCGCCUCGGCCUCGCUCUACUCCGUCACUAGUGGCGAGUCUUCCCUCUCUGGUGUGUCUUCCGUGUCAUCGAACAGCGGAGGGAAUGUCGCGAACAGUUGUUCGACGAAGCUGUGCGGCGGUGCCAAGUGCGGGGGAGCAUGCCUGGGCGCAGUGCCCCGGACAUCCGUGCCGCCGCGCCCUCGACAACCUGCCUCCAACUCGCUGAGACGCUCACAACACCAUAGUAUGAAGGCACGGUUACAAGAUUAUCAAGUCCAUAGCUACACGGGAGGUCCGGCGGCUGGAGAGCCGUCGGGCAGGUUACCUCCGAUCAGGGAGUUCCAGAGAGAAUUUCGCGAAGGACGAAGAGAGAGUGCUGCUGCUGCCUCCGCCUCUACUAGAAUAAGGUGUGCCCAGAAAAUUGUAACACAGUUAGAAACGUCGCCACAAAAAGACAAACAACACUUCUUCCGGCCACUAAAACCUUCAAAUAAAGACGACCCGCCCGACUCCAGAGAUCACAGCAAAGAGACUGAACGGAAAAAAGAUAACCCCAAAUCAAAGCCCAAAAAGGAUGACAAGAAGAAAAAAGAUGAUGAAAAUACCAAACAGGAAGACAAAAGCAAAAAGGAUGAAAGUAGUGACAAUAGGAAAAAUGAAAUAGCUGAGAAGAAGAAGGAAGAAAAGAUGAGGCUUAAGGCGGAAAAAGAGGCUAAGAAAGAAGCCAAGCUUCAAGCCAGGGAAGAGGAGAGACAGGCCAAGCUGCUCGCGAAGGAGGAGGAGAAACAAGCCAAACUAAAAGCGAAGGAAGAGAAGAAAAAGGCCAAAAAAGAAGCAAAGCUCGCCGCGCAGGCUGAGAAGGAAAAAAACAAAUAGAAUUAUAACGUUUAAAUUUUACAUUGUAGAAACUCGUAGCCGUCUUAAAUUUUAGAAUUGAAAAUUGUUAUCAUUGAGAAAUCGUAAAAACAAUUUUAAAUAGCGUAUGUCUAACAGUCUAUUGUAGUCCAUAUUACUAACAAUAAAUUAGAUACUGUUAGUUUAAAUUUUAUUUUUUUACUUCGAUCGGAUAUGAUGAUUGUGUUUACGCUUUGAUACUGAUUUUUACAAUUUUGUUAUAAUUAUCUAGCUUAGUUGCAAUUUCAAAUCGAAAUUGUUAUUUAACUUAGGAAUGUUGUAAAUAUUUUUAAAGUCAAAAAUGUUAUUAUGAGAAGCAAUCUAAUACAUAGUUGUUGGGUCAUAAUUGGAACUCUACAAACUGCGAAGACUGAAAGAACGGGAUAAUGAAAUCAUAUCGUUUUGUAAUUUAAUUGAGUAACAGUAUAGUUAAGAGCUUCGUGCAUACAGCACCGCCGAUUUAUUUAUGUAGAUUUUAUCGUUCUUAGUUUGUCUGUAGUUGAAGCUUUUUAGAAUCAAUUACUAUAUAAUUUCAGAUUAUUUACCUAC